AUGCACCUCUGCUACGCGGCCGCGGCCAGCGGCGCGGAGGGUGGCCUGGACUUCGUGCAGCGCCCCGGAGAGACGGUGUACGUCCCUCCCGGCUGGUGGCACAACGUCGUCAACCUGGACUUCUCCGUCGCCGUCACCGCGAACUUCGUCGGCGAGGGCAACCUCGCCGCCGCGCACGCCGACCUGCGCGCGUCGAGGCCGCGCCUCGCCGAGCGCUGGCGCGGGGCCCUGGCGGCGGACGGGCGGACGAGGCGGCUCGCGAGCCUCCUGGCCGAGCCGGGGGGCAUGACGGACUCCCCGAAGCUGCGCGCGCAGGGCAAGAGGGCCAUCAAGCAGCUGCCGAAGCACUGCUUCUCGCAGGAGGAACGAGCGUUUUUCUUGCAGGAGGUGCAGCUCCUCAAGGAGCUGGACCACCCGCACAUCUGCAAGCUUCAUGAGGUCUUCGAGGACUCGAAAGCCCUGUACCUGGUCAUGGAGCUCUGCGAGGGGGGCGAGCUCUUCGAUCGCAUCGUGGAGGACGAGCUCACCGGCGAGGGGGAGAUGGCGGCGGCGCCCGGGGCCGUGUCGGAGGACCGCCUGGUGCCCGAGCUCCUCCGGCGCGGUGCGGCGGUGGUGCACGUGGGCGCCAGCGGGAAUCCGGCGGCGCCACCGGGAAUGUGGGCAGAUGCCCGUCGCCUUCGGGAGUGA